AUUGACUCAACCCAGUCAACCCCGCCAUUUAUGGACAACAAAGCUUGUUACCAUAGAGUCUGGAGGAGCUAUAAGUACCAGAGAAGUCUUAACAUUAACAGAUAGCAGAUUUUCCCUGCAGAUCCUCAACGUCAGCAGCAGGAAUUUACGAUCAUGCGUGAAUGCCUUUCAAUCCAUGUCGGCCAGGCCGGCGUCCAAAUGGGCAAUGCGUGCUGGGAGCUGUACUGCCUGGAGCAUGGCAUCCAGCCGGAUGGUCAGAUGCCCAGCGACAAGACCAUCGGAGGAGGAGACGACUCCUUCAACACCUUCUUCAGUGAGACUGGAGCUGGCAAACAUGUUCCCAGAGCCGUGUUCGUGGACCUGGAGCCGACAGUCAUCGAUGAGGUCCGCACAGGAACCUAUCGCCAGCUCUUCCAUCCCGAGCAGCUGAUCACUGGAAAGGAAGAUGCAGCAAACAACUACGCCCGCGGUCACUACACCAUCGGCAAAGAGCUCAUCGACUUGGUUCUUGACAGGAUUCGGAAACUGGCCGACCAGUGCACGGGGCUCCAGGGUUUCCUCAUCUUCCAUUCCUUUGGAGGAGGAACCGGCUCUGGCUUCACCUCUCUGCUGAUGGAGCGUCUCUCUGUCGACUACGGCAAGAAGUCCAAGCUGGAGUUUGCGGUUUACCCCGCCCCCCAGGUGUCCACCGCUGUGGUGGAGCCGUACAACUCCAUCCUGACCACCCACACCACCCUGGAGCACUCCGACUGCGCCUUCAUGGUGGACAAUGAGGCCAUCUACGACAUCUGCCGCAGGAACCUGGACAUCGAGCGCCCCACCUACACCAACCUCAACAGGCUGAUCGGACAGAUCGUCUCCUCCAUCACCGCCUCCCUGCGCUUCGACGGCGCCUUGAAUGUUGACCUGACGGAGUUCCAGACCAACCUGGUGCCCUACCCUCGUAUCCACUUCCCUCUGGCCACCUACGCCCCAGUGAUCUCCGCAGAGAAGGCCUAUCAUGAGCAGCUGUCAGUAGCUGAGAUCACCAAUGCCUGCUUCGAGCCAGCCAAUCAGAUGGUGAAAUGCGACCCCCGCCACGGCAAGUACAUGGCCUGCUGUCUGUUAUUCCGUGGCGACGUGGUGCCCAAGGAGGUGAACUCCGCCAUCGCCACCAUCAAAACCAAACGCACCAUCCAGUUUGUGGACUGGUGUCCCACAGGCUUCAAGGUGGGCAUCAACUACCAGCCUCCCACUGUGGUUCCUGGAGGAGACCUGGCCAAGGUGCAGAGGGCCGUGUGCAUGCUGAGCAACACCACCGCCAUCGCCGAGGCCUGGGCGCGACUCGACCACAAGUUCGACCUGAUGUACGCCAAGAGGGCCUUCGUCCACUGGUACGUCGGAGAGGGGAUGGAGGAGGGAGAGUUCUCAGAGGCCAGAGAGGACAUGGCCGCCCUGGAGAAGGAUUACGAGGAGGUGGGCACCGACAGCAUCGGGGACGAAGGAGAGGAAGAGGGGGAGGAAUACUAAGAGCUUAACGCAAGGUGUUAACUGGGGGGCUUCCCCUUGUUUUGACGGCCCAAAUUCUGAAGCCCCAUUAAUCCACAAAAUAUCCCAAUGAAUUAAAGCCAACCCGAUCUCACUCUGAAGUCGUCAAAAUCCAGCUCUUGGGCAGUGACUUGCAGCGUCAGAUACUGACGAAAAAAGACAUGUUUUGUUUGGCAUGAUGUAUAAUUUAACAGCGCUCGGCAGCACUGGGGAAAACAUGACUGGACAAGAACGAAAGUGGCAAAAGUCGUAGGGUGGGUGGGAUGGGUGGUGUAUGGGUCCAAAAAAUGCAGACUUUCACAUCCCAUAAGAUUCUUAAGCCAAAACCUGUCAAGCCCUGUUCUUUUUUCCUAAACCUAACCACGUGUUUUUGCUGUUGAAGGACAUUUUUUGGACUAAUGGGGCUUUGGAUUUUUGGGUCGCAGGAACAUUGGCAUGGAACUGUUAAAUGUAUUCCAGUUGUGACAAAAUUACAACAAUAUUAUGUUCUGAUGUUACACUUCAAAACAAGGAUACUACAUAUAAAAUAAAUCAAAACUGUUAAGCGUUAGUGUUUUUUAUUUCUCUAAAAGCUGUUAGAAAAGGUCCCUAAAUUCUGUCUUGUUACAGUGCGAGGCCGAGCAGGAGUGUUGCGGUCAUCACCUCCUAGUAAGUUUCUCCCACUAUCUGAGAUCAAACAAAACCUGAGAAAAGAGUAACUAGGGAAACUAAACGGGAGCGUGUUCUGGCAGUCCUGACUUGGCAGUUGGAAGCAGUUUGUUGUUGCGUCUCUUGGGUUACCUUCAGGCGCAGAGCUGAAGCAGCCAUUUGAGCUCAAACAAUAGAGUACAUUGAUACACACAGUAGUUUUUGUCUCUAAGUAGGAUUUCCGAACAAGAGUUUUUAGAAGAGUUUCUGUCUUGAUAGGAAGGAAACAGCAUCAAGAUUGGACACCAAAUGUUCCCAGUAAAGGUUCCAAAAAACCUUUUUAUUAGGGACCCCUCUGGACCAUCAGCCAUGACAGACACUCCUUCAGCCUAUCAGUGUAACAGAACACCGGGGAACAUCUUCUCCGACCUCGUCACAUGUCCACGUUUGGUCAUGGACUUUCCACGUCCACAUAUGACGUCCAAGGUACCCUGGGUGUGUUGGUUGUUGACGUUCUGGGACGCCGUGUCAACUUCAGCCUGUUACAUGUAUUGUCUGUUUUCAAAAUACACUUCUGUUUUCACAGGAAAUGUACAGUUUGCGUACAGUCUCUUUCAAAAUAAAAGCACUACAUCGGUACAACAUCUCAAAUUGGCGUUUUUUUCC